GAAUGUUUGAAACAGCACGAAAAAAAUAUGGAGUUGUCUUUUGCGAUCGCUCGUUCUAAAGAAAAAACGUGCGGUAUCUGUUUUGAAGUUAUCAUGGAUAAAACCAAUGGCGAACAAAGAUUUGGGAUAUUACCAAACUGUAAUCACUGUUUUUGCUUAACCUGCAUCCGAAAAUGGCGACAAGCCCGACAGUUCGAAAACAAAAUAAUCAGAGCUUGUCCAGAAUGCCGACUCACCUCAGAUUUUGUAUGCCCAAGUAUGUAUUGGGUCGAUACAAAAGAAGACAAAGACAAGUUGAUCGUCGAUUAUAAAAAUGCUUUAUCUAAGAAAGACUGCAAAUAUUUUAAAAAGGGACAAGGCAAGUGUCCAUUUGGUAAUAAAUGCUUUUACUUACACGCUUUUCCUGAUGGCAGCAGAUGUGAUGUAGGACCUCCUUUGAGGCAAAGACGUCCCAGGAAUCAUGACCACGAAAUCGACGUCUUACAGCAGGUGAUGCUCUGGGACUUUCUGGAUGAACGAGAUUUUCCAUGGCAAUCUCUUGCUGAUGAUCUAGAAGACCUAGUAUCGUUUUUUACAGAUUCCGAUGAAUCCGAUUGGUCGGAUUAUGAGCUUUUUUUUGAUUAGUCUCUGCUUAUACUAAUACACGUAUACCCAAGAUAUUUUGAUUAUUUCAUUAGAUUUUACUUUGAAGUUUUUCCACUGCAUUUAUUGAAUCAUUGAAUCAAAAUAAUUGAUAUCAAUAAAUUACUAAGGGGCCGUUGAAGUAUUACGUAACAUUUUUGAAGAUUUUUUACCCUCCUUCCCCCCUAUGUAACGUGCCGUAAUUUUUUCCAGUACCCCCGACCUUAAACGUUAAGUAACUCCAUGUUUACCUAAAAGUAACAAUUAUGUUGAGCAAAGUACUGGCAAGUCGCUGAAAUACACUGCGGUUAUUGCGGUAAUAAUAAAUUAAACAAAAGAUAUCUAACUAUAUGCAAUGCGUAUAUUAUUUAUUUUAUUCAUAUUGUUAUUCAACAAUCAAAUAUAAAUGAACAUUUACUUCAGUAGGUAUGUUAAAAUAGGCUCAACUAAUGCACUUACUAAUCUUACAAUUACACCGUUUUCUUGAUGACUUCAUUAUCUAUUGUUGUUCACAUGCUUUCUCAUAUUUCAGGUUUAUUUUCACUAGUAAACUUUUAAAAUGAAAUCGCAUAUUUAUUUUAACCUUUGGCAAUGCAAUAAGAAACAGAAAGCUAACUGAAGUCAAAUAAUAUGGUACCUAUUCUUUGAAAAAAAUAAAAUCAUUCAUAAUUCAAAUAACGUACAUUCCGUACUAAACUGACUUGAUGUAAAAAACGUUAUUCGUUGGGAAUGAAUAAAAUAGACUUGAAAAAAAAAAAAUUUUGCAAGCGCGAUGAUCACGGAAGAACUGUACAAUUUCUUCUGUGAUCAUGUCGCUUGCAAUAGUGCCAAAAUAUCGGAGUUUCACUACAAAUUGACAUGAAAAUAUUCAGAUAAAUCAUAUCAUUAUGAUAACAACCACGAUAAUAUAAAUAAUUAUAUUAAAAACUAUACCUAUAUUGAAAAAUGAAAUCACCAUAUUACAUUGAUUUCACUUUUUCCGAAAUACAUUUUUCAAGUCUGUUUUAUUCAUUUCUCAAAGAUCACCUUUUGAAUUGAGUUACUUUCGUUCGAAGGGUGCGACAUAGACCUAUUUAAAAAAAAAUCAAUUGAAGUUACUGCUCCUCUGUACACGGGUUUUCCAGUAAUUCAGAUUAUUUCAUUACUGGCAUCCGGAGAGCAGUUCUGAAAUUAUUAAACCACUUGUGUCAAUUUCGUAUUCGUGGAGCCCAUCGACAUCCUCAGACGAUGUUUCACAACGGCGAACAAUGCAGAAAAGUCCAUUUGCUUUUCUGGCAGCAAGUUGCUGUGGCCGUAGUCUACUUUCACGACGAUUUUGAGUAGUCUUGUCAUGCACGUAACGACUGUGCAUUUGUACACUGUUGUGGGAUGUGAAAUAAGAGUCCACGUGUACACUGUUGUGGGAUGUGAUAGGCAAAAAAAAUCAUAAUGCAUCUGCUUAAACCCUUUCGGACAGGACGACAGAUUAACAGACAUCACAGAUUUCAAUGCUCAGCAGGAUUCGUCUGCGCAUUUAAACAUUUGUACGAGAUUUUGCGAUUCACGGACUUGAGUACCACGCCAGAUUAUGUUCUGCUGGAUCCUGCAAGCUAUCUUCAGGCUUUCUAUAUUCCGCCGAAACAUCGUAGCUGCCAAGUCCUUUGUUAUCGAGAUUACGACCAAAAUGUUCUUGCGACAGGAUGACGCUUGACAGUCGUUUGCUGAGAGGGGCCAUGCGUCGCUCCACUUGUAAGCACUCCGCCAAGAAGCAUUAGUCGCUAUGAACACGGCUACCAGGUUGUAUUUUUUGAAGUGUUGAAUGGCAAAGUUCUUGACUUUCCGAUAUCACGGGUUUUCGUCCGGCUCACUGUCUACAGAGAUUAUGAUGACUACAGUGUAUGAAGGCCGUCGGUUUUUGGAAUUUCUUCCUGACGUUUUGCUGGUGCGAGUGAUGAUGACUGAUGGUGUAAAAUAACUGAGCAUUGUUGCUUUCUUCUUCGUGCCCUUCAACUUGAACUCUCAUAUAACAUCAUUUAUUAUGUUCUAUAAACUUUUCUUUAUUUUUCAGUUUUUCUUUAGCCGUUUUCCAAAUUUUGUUGGCUUUUUUGGCACAGUUACAGGGGAAAUUCAGCACGAAAGCCUUUAUAGGCCAUGAGCAGCUGGUAAUGCAAAUCUCAUUCUUUUGAGGAUAUAGCAGUAUGAACUCACUUUGAAACAAUGACGAAAACUGACAACUUAAACAUAAUGAGAAUAACGUAUAAUACAGUCUUGGAAUUCCCCGUUGAAAUCUAAACGAAAAGGUCAAUUGGGGAAACAAAAUUGAAAUGACAUACAAUACAGCCGAGGGAUUCCCCGUAAAACAAAACGAAAAAGGUAGUCAACUUGGGAGACUUCAAUUUCCUAGUUCUAUAUUUGAAUUGAAAAGAAAACACUGUUGCGUAACACGUGGUUCGGACUCCCCCCUUCCCGCCCUUUUAACACAUCGAACAGUUUUUCAAGACGCCCCUCCAACUAAAUUGCGUUAUGUAAUACUUGAAAGACCCCUAAAGAAACAUCAGAUUAUUUAUAUUAUCAAUUAUUGUAUUAUCAUUAUUGUAUAUAUUGUUGAUUGAUAUUUCCAAGCAGUUCUGAGCGGUGUGCCCAUUAUUGCUUUCUGUGGUAUUUUGAAUAGUGCCUCCUAUAUUUAAAUAUUAGUUGUUCUUGAUUUGUUAUUAAUAUUAUUAGACGGCUUACUUGAACAUUAUUUGUAUUUAAAAACUAUAGGAGUCUUCAGUAGUAUUUAGGACAUUUUUUAUAAAUCAUUUGUCAGUAAAACUGAGGCUUGAUUUAGUCAUUGAUUGAAGUCAUUCAAACCGAAUUACUAUUUGGUUACCUUUUUCAGUGUAAAUGUUCUGUUUUACCAAUAUCAGCAAUUGAUUACAUAAUUUAACCAAAAAGUCAAUGAAAUCGAAUUACAUAAUUUUCAUUUGUUUUAGAUUUAUCACAGUUCAAAAUCAAGGUAAUUUCAAGAAAAAAAUCUUUUAGUGUUUUGUUUUUGCAUAUUUGCAAAUUUUUUCGUUAACUUAUUCACUUUCAAAUGAAACCCUGUUUUAAGCAACUUGUAAUUUUAUUCGAACUGACUUCAUAUGUUGCCAAAAAGUUGAUGUGUUUCCUGUUUAACAAUAUCAAAACAAUUGAUGUUCCAAAAAAUCACGCUUUGAAAAAUCUUCUGAGUCAUGUGAAGUCAUGAUAUGGUAAUAAAGAAAAUUAGAAAUUA